UCUUGGCAGUUGGCACCAGGCACCGCCAAGGGCGAACCGGGUUAGUUAUGGCACUCAACUCAUGACUCAACAAGCAUUGGAAUUAUUGGGAAUUCUGAAGGCCACAUCUAUCUUUUCACUUUACGAAUUCCCCCUAAUUGCAUGACGAUUUUUCAGGGCAGGAAGAUCGUUUAUAUCAGUACCAAUCAGUGGCGGGAAGAGUAUUCCGACGCCACAACACCACAAAAUUCCGCCUGAAUCGACCAAAAUACCCGCAGUUGACGAUUAAACAAUCCUUCAAAUCCCCAUCAUGUCCUUCCUCGACGAGUUUCAAGCCAAUUUGGAUUCACUUCCCGGCAUUCUACAAAAGAAGUAUGCAUUGUUGCGUGACCUGGAUAAAAGUCUGCAAGAUAUUCAAAGACAAAAUGAACAGCAUUGUGAACAAGAAAUAGAGGAAAUUAGGAAAGGAGUUAGGUCUGGAAAUAUUACACUCAAUGCUUCACUUAUCAGAUUCUCAGAUGAUGCACUUGAUGAGCAAAAGCAUAGCAUCAGGAUUGCAGAUGAAAAGGUUGCCUUGGCUGUUCAGGCAUAUGAUUUGGUAGAUACACACAUACAGCAACUUGAUCAAUAUUUGAAAAAACUUGACGAAGAACUUCGACGUGAGAGAGAGAGCGCUGCUGCAAGUGCAGUUGCUGCUCCAAGCCAUGAUGGUAACAUGAAAGCUGGAAGGACAAGUGAAAGUGGCAGAGGGCGUAAGAAAACCCGCCAGGCAACAGCAACGGAUACAGCAGCUACAGCGGCAAAUCCUACUGGUAUGGAUUUAGAUCUACCUGUGGAUCCAAAUGAACCCACAUAUUGUUUCUGUAACCAAGUUAGCUAUGGUGAGAUGGUUGCUUGCGAUAAUCCAGAUUGCAAAAUAGAGUGGUUCCAUUUUGGUUGUGUUGGUCUGAAAGAACAACCGAAAGGAAAAUGGUAUUGUUCGGACUGUGCUGUGGUGAAAAAUCGCCGUAAAGGUAGAUAAAACUGGACUGCUGUUGCAGGAAACGCUGUUGUUGGGAAUUUUGCUGCCCUAAUGUGAAAUAUAAUACCAACUUCAUGUAUUUUCAACUUGGUUUCUAAUUUAUCUUUGUAAUUAUUGC